AUGAUGUCGGAGGAGAGCGAGGAGAGUGUGGCCCAGAGUUCUUCUUCAGAACUUCCGAACGCUGCGAGGCCGUUCAGCUGCGACCUGUGCCCCGCCUCCUUCUCCCGCUCGCCACAGCUGCAGUUACACAGGCGCAGCCACAGCGGAGAGAAGCCGUACAAAUGUCAGCGUCGCAAGAAGAAACUCACCGGCGUCAAAGCGCAUAAGUGCGAGGUGUGCGAGAAGACGUUUGCGAGAUCGUCUCAGCUGAAAGAGCACGUGUACAGCCACACGGGCUACAAGCCGUACCCCUGCGACUACUGCGAGAAGAAGUUUAUACGGAAGUUUGAUCUGAAGCGUCACCUGGAAACUCACUCCAACGAAGGAUACAAGUUCAGCUGCGACGUCUGUGCCAUGAAGUUCCCACGUCUGAAGUCUCUGAAGGUCCAUCAGAGGAAGUGCGGCGGGUCUGAGCUGCACCACGAGACCUUUACCGAAGACGUCAAAGUCAAACGCCGCCAACGCGACCCCAACGACAAACAGCCGUAUAAGUGUGAGCUGUGUGAGAAGAAGUUCGCCCGCGGGGUUCAGCUGCGAGAGCACGUCUUCAGCCACAUGGGCUACAAACCCUUCCAAUGUGACCAGUGCGAGAAAAGGUUCACCAGAAUGUUUGAUCUGACGCGACACAUGGAGAGCCACAAAGGACAAGACCAGGGACACUCUUACGGCUGUGACACUUGUGGCUUGACCUUCUCAUGUGAAAAUACCUUCAGCAAACACCGUAGAACCCAUAAGAAGUUCCGCAAGACGACAGAAGGUCUGGUCACUUGUAAGCUCUGCAAGAAGAGCUUUGUACGCUACGCUAACCUUAGGAUUCAUAUGCGCAUUCACACCGGAGAGCGGCCUUUCAAGUGCGACAAGUGCGAGAAGGCCUUCAAACAAUCUAUCCAUCUGAAAAAACACAAGUGCAGCCACAAGGAAGAGGAGAAUGGAGGGAGCCCCCAGGACAGGGAGAACAAUGUGGAACAGAUGGCGGAACCUGAGAAUCUUUUCCCUGGCAAACACUCAGACAAACUUAAAGAACACCAGUGCCUGAAAGACGACGGAGAGAGAGCUGUAAACACGUCCAAGGUUUAUAGUUGUCAAUACUGCGAGAGGUCGUUCAAGAGGCCGUACAUCCUCAAAAUGCACAUUCGCACACACACGGGUGAGCGGCCGCACCGCUGCGACCAAUGUGGGCGGACCUUCGCUCUGUCGUCCACUCUGCUCCGGCACAAGCGCGUCCACACGGGAGACCGGCCUUUCAGAUGCGACCGCUGUAGUAAAGGCUUCGUACAGUUGGGGCAUUUGGCCAAACAUCUGCGGGACUUCCACAAAGACAGAAGACCGUUCAUUUGUCAGAUGUGUAAAGAAAGGUUCACAGAUCAGUCUGCGCUGGAGCUACACACCUGCUGCUCUGGCUUCAGCUGCAGCACCUGCAGGAAAUCCUUCUCAGAUCAGUCUGCGCUGGAGCAACAUCAAUGCUCUCACAAAAAACACAAAGUACUCAGCUGCGACAUAUGUAAAAAGACAUUUCUCAGACAGUUUUAUUUACAAAUCCACAAAUGCAGGCCCAAAGAAAAGCCAUUUAAAUGCAGCCAUUGUAACAAGACCUUUGAGAAAGUGUCUGAUCUGAACAUUCACACCAGUGUCCACACAGAGCAGAAGUACAGCUGUGAGCCCUGUGGGGUGGACUUCCAUCUUUGCAGCGCGUACGUCAGACACCAGCGCCGCCACAGGGAAGGGUUCAAAUGUCUCCAGUGUGAGAUGGAGUUUACACGACCAGCUGAUUUCACAAAGCACCUGGACACUCACUACAAGGAGGCAGUGUACCGAUGCGACACCUGCAGCAUGGCCUUUAUAUCACAUCAUAAUCUCGUUAGUCACAAGUGCUUAGAGCUGAGUGGCCGGUCCUCACAGCAGCUAAAGACUCACACAGCACAUCACCCGUCUCAUAACUGUGACUAUUGCGGGAAGACGUUUUUACAGCUGUCCCGGCUAAAAGAGCACACCCUGACUCACACCGGGUACAAACCAUUCCAAUGUGAACAGUGUGGGAAGAAUUUCACCAGAGCUUUUGAUGUGAAGCGCCACAUGGCCCUCCACUUGGAGCAAGGAUACAAACACAGCUGUGAUAUCUGUGGUAUAAAAUUCCCAAAUUUGAAAUUUCUAAAGCUGCACGUGAGAAAACACGAAGAGAAGCUGUUUGGUUGUGGCUACUGCAAAGAAACGUUUGACUUUUUCACCGACCUUCGGGAACACGUGAGCUCUCACCCGGGGCCGAGGCUGGGCAAGUGUGAGCGGUGUGGAAGCAGAUUCUCCCGCCUCAGUAACCUCAAACGCCACAUGCAGAGUCACCUGGGACAGCCGGCGUUUCCAUGUGACCAGUGUGGGAAAGUGUUUAAUGACUCGUCCACCUUACGGACUCACUACCUGGUGCACUCUGGGUCUUACGCAUGUGAUCAGUGCGAGAGGAGUUUCACCACUGAAGAGAAGCUACAGGAACAUAGAGUCACUCAUGUGGAGCCGCUGGAGCCUGUGGAGCCUUCACCGGCUCAGGCUCUGGAGGAUGUUUACGCCGUAGAAGUGGACGAUUUUCAAGUCGAGGAAUACUCCAUCUCCUGUGCCUGGGACAUCUGGGGGAACGCGUGUGGGGAGGACCGGACCACUCUACAGACUCGCCCCCCCUCAGACUCACGGAUUCUGCUCCAAACAGUGGGAUUCCUCUGCAGCCUGCUCCGGGCUCUUCCUCUGCUCCAGACACGACACGAGACGACAGACCGUGACCGUGCUUCCUGUGGCGCCGUCAUGUUCACGUGUGCCGAGUGCGGGAAGUCGUUCAGCUGCGGCGCCACGCUGAGGGAGCACCAGUACCUGCACAGCGGCGACAGCCCCUUCACCUGCUCCGAGUGCGGCAAGGUGUUCACCCGCGCCGGCAACCUGAAGGUGCACCUGCGCGUGCACACGGGGGAGCGGCCCUUCAGCUGCGACCAGUGCGGCUCCACCUUCUCCAACUCCAGCUCCCUGAAGACGCACCAGCGCAUCCACACCAACGAGCGCCCGUACGGCUGCCCGCUGUGCCGCCGCGCCUUCACCUACUCCAGCGGCCUGAGCCUGCACCUGCGCGCGCACCACCACCAGGCCGAGCGCCCGUACGUCUGCGACUUCUGCUCCAAGGGCUUCGUGCGCUCCACAGACCUGCGCGUGCACGUGCGCCUCCACACGGGCGACAAGCCGUACAGCUGCGCUCAGUGCGGACAGGACUUUGUGAGGGUCGGUGUCUUUAGGCGCCACGAGCAGACGCACCAGGAGCACAAGGCCUUCACCUGCGACCAGUGCCAGCAGUCCAAAGCCCAGAUGAGACCUGGAGGACCACAGUCCUGGAGGACCACAGACCUGGAGGACCACAGACCUGGAGGACCACAGACCUGGAGGACCACAGACCUGGAGGACCACAGACCUGGAGGACCACAGACCUGGAGGACCACAGACCUGGAGGACCACAGACCUGGAGGACCACAGACCUGGAGGACCACAGACAUUGGUCAGACUCACCUCUGUCUUGGCACCGAUCUGCUGGAACUGGGACUCUGA